AUGGAAGUGGAGGCGUUUAUAUGGGUUAUGCAGUGCAUGAUCCAACAUAACAAGCAAGAGGUGGUUUUCGAGACAGACUGCUCGAACGUUGUAAAAAUGGUGUCUAAUCCAAAUGAGUGGCCAGCAUUCUCGAUUCUUCUUGAAGAAGUAGACAGAUGCAAGAGGAGGUUUACCACUUUUUCUGUUCAUCAUAUAUCAAUAACGAAUAACACGAAGGCAGACAAGCUAGCUCGGAGUGCACGAGAUCUCCUUCACGAUAUGUAUUAUGUAAACUCUAUUCCACCGAUCUGGAUUUCUAGAACGGUUUAG